UGAGUUCUCUGCUGUGUAUGAUAAUUUUCUACUUAAAAUCAUAUUUUUCUAUUUCUUCCAGGCCCUUUAAACGAGUCCAUUGAUUCUUUUAAUUCUUCAAACUACUUAGGAGAUAUAUUCUCCAAUCCAUCUUCUCUUUUUUGUCUUUAGACAACUGAGUAGAUGUCAAGCAAGAUUUUUUGUUUUCAAAAUCCAUUUUCCCUGCUCUUUUUUUUUUUCUUUGGCUUGGUUUUUUAAGUUUAGAUGGAUGGAUGGAUGGAUGAUGGUUUUGAAGGGGAAGAGGCCGCACACACUUCAUAUCUGGAGGCUUGGCAGAGAAGGUGAGACUGGGGAGACUCUGAUGCUUGAUCUAUGGUAUUUUCAAGCAGAGAAUGGAGUUUGUUAAGAAAGGGCAUUUAUGUUUUUUUUUUUUUUUUGCUUAUGAUUUGUGUCUUGUUGUUUGCCUAAACUUGUCUGAAAUGCUUGCAGAUCUAUUUGUUUACUGGUCUUUUGGAUUUUCAAAUUUUUUUUGUUACUUCAAUUCUUAAAUUUUUAAGAUUUGAGAGUUUUAGGUUUUGCUUUGAUUUCACUCUAUAUACUGACCAUGAUUCAGUUGUUGUCACUAGUUGGAUUUUCGCCUCUUAGUAACUUUUUGUUUGUACUAGAUUAGUUCGUUUUGAAUGCAUGGAAUUGAGAAAGGUAAUGAAGAUCCUUUCUCUUAUCACUAUUUCAAAAACUCUUACACCCUUAUCUAAACUUAAAUUAGCAGCAAAAUAUUCUUAAGAGUGUUUUUAGUUAAUAGGAAUCUUCUACAUAUUUUGGUUCCAAGGUUCUUCAUUUCUCUUUGUUCUCUGUUCUUUUGGUUUAUUUUCUAAUGUUAAUUGGGGCAUCCAGUUUAUGUUAUUUCCAGUCUUAUUUUUGUUAAUUGAAAUGGGUUCUUGGCUCUCUUGGAUUUCUAUUUUCUGAGUAGAAAUGAAGGUAGUGAAGGUUUUUGCAAUCUGGGUACCUGGUUUUCUUUCCCUUUGAUGAUGUGAUUUUGCAGGGUCAUAGUUGAUAAUGAUACAAGAACCAAGGUCAUUCUGAUUAAGGUAUUGGGUUGAAUUAUUUGAAUUUAUGAUUUUUUUUUGAGUUAAGAUCUGAUUACAGACAUCACUCGUAUAAAAAAUUUUAAUAAUUCGUAUCUCUCUUUUAGUAUGUUUUUUUCCUCUAAUGUUUCAAUGAAGCUUUGGCAGGCAAUGUUCUAUGCAAAAUUGUGGAUUUUGUUGAAAACACUAUGCCAUGCAAGUUUGAGGAAGUGACAUUGUGAACAAUUUUAACAAUUGAAUUGAAGUUGUUGAAGUAAUUUGAAAUUGAAGUUGUUGAAUCAAUUGAAUUGAGAUAU